CUGGCGCGAAAAAUGCACUGUGUGGCUUUCUGUAACACAUUGUGGGGCGGACCUACUGCCUGUUGUUUGAGCACCGGCUUGUUCUUUUCUUUUGGCUGCUUGUAUUUUAAACUGAACUAAAACAAAACUAUAGCAGCACAUUUUUGUAUCCAGUCGCGACUCGGGACCGCUUUUAUCCGCCCGAUCUCCGAGAAUCGCGGACACUUUGCUCUUUGGCUCCUGAGAGGAGGGGGGUUUCCAUGCCCUGAAUUUCGCAUUGGGAUUGCGCGGAGAAGCCGGUUGUGCAGGACGUUCUUCAGAGGCCACUGGUGUCGUUUGAUCAUUUCUGGGAAUAAACUCGAGAGGAUUUAUUAGCUGGAAACAUGGAGUUCGACUGUUACCAGCACUACUUUUUCGAUGAUUUCGACACGGAGGAGGAUUUUUACAAGUCAACCGCGCCAAGCGAGGACAUAUGGAAAAAGUUCGAGCUGCUGCCCACCCCUCCCAUGUCUCCCACCCGGACUCUGAGCGGUGCUGCCCUGCACCUUUCGCCGGGAGACAAGCUCAGCUGGCUGUCCAAGAUGCUGGGUCAGGACGAGGAGUGCGAGGGUCAGUUCAUCACUUCAGAUACGGAGGAGCUGUUCGGCAACCAUAGCUCCAUCAUCAUCCAGGACUGCAUGUGGAGUAGUUUCUCAGCCAGUAAGCAGCUGGAGAAGGUCAAUGGGAGGGUGUCAUCUGCGGCGCAGACUGGUGCCUCCCCGGUGGCCCAGAUCUCCGUGAGACCGAGCAAAGCGCAGUGCGUCUCGCCCGGGGGCCAGCUCGCCGCUUCUGCAACUGACUGCGUAGACCCGGCGGCUGUUCUCACCUUCCCGACAAGCAGCUGCAGGAAGCCGGCGUCAUCUGGCUCCGAGUCUCGCUCUGAUUCCUCUGAUGAUGAAGAGGAAAUCGAUGUGGUCACUGUGGAGAGCAAGCAGAACCGGGUGCGGCUGGUGAAUGUCAGAAAGCCGGUCACCAUCACGGUCCGGGCCGACCCCUGCCCCAAACGCUUCCACAUGUCUGUUCACCGGCAGCAGCACAACUACGCCGCCCGAUCCCCAGAUAGUGAGCCGGAACCUGAGGAUGACGAGGAAGAUGAAGACGAGGAGUCGGAGGAAGAGCCUCAGAGCAAGCGUCCCUGCGCAGCAUCCAGUCAGCAGUCGGGCUCUUUGGCUCGUGUCUCCCAGCCUUCCUCUCCCUCGGAGUCUCCCCAAAACUCUGACACAGAGGACACUGACCGCAGGCGGAACCACAAUUUCCUUGAGAGGAAGAGGAGGAAUGACCUCCGCUCUCGUUUCCUUGCUCUACGGGAUCAGAUCCCUGGCCUGGAAUCGGCCAAAACUCCGAAGGUGGCCAUCCUGACCCAGGCAACAGAGUACCUCAUGGGGCUGCACACCAGGGAGAAGAGGCAGCUCCAGGAGAAGAAACGCCUCAGAUCCAGACAGCAGCAGCUUCUUCGCAGAUUAUCUGAACUGAAACGCUCAUGAGACUAAAAAGAAAAAAACAAAAAACAAAAAGUAGUUUGCUUUUGAAAUAAACUGCCUCAUUCACAGUCAAGAACAUUUUCUCUCAAGUUACCUGUCACUUUUGAAAAGCUACAGCUUUUAUAUAACAACAUGCCUCAUGUAAAUAGUUGUGAAAUGAAAUUGGUUUGGAAUGCAUUCAUUUUGCUGUGGGAUUUCAGUGAUUUAACUGUGCUUGGCCUGUGAGCCUGUUAUGGGGAGGAGCAGUUAGAUCCCAGUGUGCUGUGUUUUCUUUUUUUCUUUUUUUCUUUGCACAGUGUUUUAGUUUUGAACAGGAGGGAGGGGAUGAAUGAAUCUUCUUUUAUAGCUAUGACCAAGAUAUUUCCUGGUAUGCUGUGAUGGGAAUUGAGAAAGCCUCUUUGUUAAUAGUUAACCAGUGUGAUAGUGAACCCGUGUAGCUUUCAGGAUGUGUGUGGAAGUUGGUUGAGAGAGGUCUUCAUUGCACACUUAUAAUGGAGUGAGGUGUGAAUGCCUUUCUGUGUACAUAAGAGUGAAUGAGACUGUUCCUGGUUUGUUUAUAUGACUGAUUGUCUGAUGUACAAAUCGUUCUGUAAAUAGUUUAUCACUCCUGGUGGAGGAGAUAAAUAAAUUCAAGAGUUGUCACCGGCUAUUGCUCCUCAGUAUGGCAUGCCACCAGGCACAGAGGAGCCUCUAUUUUGUUAAGAAAAGAAGAAAAUGGACAAAAAAAUAAAUAAGUAGCACUGCUGUACUUUAUAUUCACACGUCACUUUGUGAUUUCAAUGCUUCUCCUGAUUUUUUUCUUUUUUAAAGCAUGCUAAUGUCAACGGCAACAUUAAAUUUUUAUACCAUGUUUGCAUACAAA